AUGACGCUCGUAACUUCAUUGGCAGUAUUCACACUUUUGUUCUCAUCAAGCCUGUGCCAGAUGCGAACCUUGCCAGCUGCGUGGCAACAUGUGAUGUCACCACCAUCGGAGAAAGAAGACGCCGUUAGAGAAUAUGGCAGCGAAGCCAUAGAUAGAAAGCAGGUCAAUUGGUAUCCAACAAAGAAUUAUGGAGGAAGUACACCCUUGGAUGAAGAUUAUGAUGUCUCUGGAGGCGAUGAACCUCUGAUGGAGUCAAUGAAGCAGCAGAUGAAGCUAGCACAGCAAGAGAGCAACAUCCCGAAACUCAAGCACAUUCUCAUCAACAGGACGAAGCCAGUACUGGCAUAA